UUAAUUUGUGAUAGUCGGUGUUUGUAAACGCUGUUUUCAUAUUUCUCCUUUGUUCUUCGUUUGUCUUCUUCUCCAUUUUCCUGAGAAAAAUCCAGAGGGAAAGCUUCGAUUGGUACUUGGGGGGAAAAUUUUUUCCCUUCCACCCUUAAAUGGCUUCAGAUUUCCCCUUUACUGUCCCUGCCGAACUUGAAUCAACUUUGAGAUUGAAGACCGUUCAGUACUUUGUAAUAAAAAGACCCUGGCUUGAUCUUUAUGGAAUUAAUGUUAGACCUGUUGCACCUGUGGGAAGUGCUAGUAGAAAACCAUAUGUUGAUCCAGCACUGAUACACCGUUCAUUGCCAGAUGAGCUGCUCUUUGAGGUCUUUGCAAGAAUGACUCCAUAUGACUUGGGAAGGGCAUCUUGUGUUUGUCGAAAGUGGAGGUAUACUGUUCGUAACCCUGUGUUUUGGCGCAAUGCAUGUUUGAAGGCUUGGCAGGUCUCUGGGGUGGUUGAAAACUAUAAGAUUUUGCAGUCAAAGUAUGAAGGAUCAUGGAGAAAAAUGUGGCUAUUUAGACCAAGGGUUCGUACCGAUGGUCUUUAUGUUAGCAGGAAUACUUAUAUUCGUGUUGGAGUUGCUGAAUGGAAGGUCACUAAUCCUGUACAUGUGGUCUGCUAUUUCCGUUACAUGAGAUUUUUCCCUUCCGGCCGAUUCCUUUACAAGAAUUCAUCUCAAAAAAUCAAGGAUGUGGCAAAAUGCAUGAACUUUCGGGCAUCUAAGGCAGACUGUGUUUUCGGUGGCCAUUACACAAUAUUAGAUGAUAAGGUUGAAACUGCAGUUUUGUAUCCAGGCAUGCGUCCUACUGUCUUAAGGAUCCGCUUAAGGUUAAGAGGAACAACAGAAGGAGCAAACAAUAGGAUGGAUUUACUCUCACUGGUUACAAGUGGUGUGAACAGUAAUGAGGUCGAUAACCACAAUGAGGAUAUUCUCGGAGUGGUUGAAGGGUGGCAGGAUGAUGAAACACACAAUCCAGAUGUCCCUGCUGUCUCACAUAAGAGGGGCAUGACACCCUUUGUUUUUGUUCCAUUUGAACAGGUAGAGACGUCAGUUUUGAAUCUGCCUGUGGACAAGAUGGAUUAUUUUGUACCUGGCUGAUAAGCUCCAAUAAAAGAUCUCAUUUGAAAUUUGUAAAUAUGUAAUGUAUUCUGGCAUUCACGUUCACUUUAAUUCAUGUAUUUGUUUUUAAACAUUGAAUCAAUGCCAUGAAAAAUAUAGUGGUCGGUGUGUGCUUUCGUUUCUGUUUCUGGAUUUUUACCUUUCCAUUACAUGUAUAAAUGUAGGACGUUGUAUUAAGCAUGAACCGCUGUAUUUUGUUGUGAUUAAGAGUUUAAUAAUGUAAUUAUAGUACGCUUUUUGUUUUGUCAUA